AUGGAAGCUAAUUCACCUCCUUUGAAAAUUUACUUCAUACCCUCCGUGGGCCCUAGUCAUAUUGUUUCUCUCUUUGAACUCUGUCGUCUCUUCGCCUCACGUGGCGUGCACGUGACCUUACUCACCACCCCUUCCUCCGCCGGCUUCCUGCGCAAACCUUUGCUCAGGGCCGAGGCUGCUGGUAUUCGCAUCCAUGUCCACAGCCUCAAGUUCCCUUCGCAGGAGGUUGGUCUCCCUGAGGGCGUCGAGAAUGUCGUCGGCGUUGACGACACCGACGUCGCCACCAAAGUUUUCCGUGGAAUGGGCCUCCUCCGCCAUCAAAUGGAGCAGUUCAUGGAGCAGAACCCCCCCGACUGUAUCGUCGCCGAUCUGUUUUACCCUUGGGCCUCCGACCUCGCGAAUCGAUUGGGAAUCCCGCGGCUGUUCUUCGAUGGAUCCGGAUCGUUUCCCACCUGCUUGUUGGAGUCCGUCAGACGACCAGGCUCCCCGCACCGCUUUGCAAGCUCCAAAUCCGACCCAUUUGUCCUUGCGGGUCUUCCCCACCCGAUCACCGUGACUCUUUCCCGGCUUCCAGACUACGCCCUAACUACGAACGAAAUAACCUACAUGAUGGAUUCGUUCAGAGACUCGGAACUGAACUGCUAUGGCCGCAUAGUCAACAGCUUCGCCGAGCUCGAAGAGGAAUACAUAGAGCACUACGAGAAAACCACGGGGAAAGCCGUAUGGCACGUGGGCCCCACUACUCUCCUGAACAGGUCGUCGGAGGACAAGGCGGAGAGGAACUUGAAGGCGGUGGUGAGCGAGGACGAGAUCCUGAGUUGGCUCAACUCGAAGCAACCAAACUCGGUGCUUUACGUCUGCUUCGGAAGCGGCGCCUACUUCACCGACGAACAGCUGUUCGAAAUAGCAAGUGCGAUGGAAUCCUCCGGCCACAAGUUCAUCUGGGUGGUUCACAAUAAAGGCCGAACGGAGAACGAAACUGAGGAAGACAGGCAGAAAUGGAUGCCGAGAGAGUUCGAAGAAAGGAUGAGGCGGGAAGACAGGGGAAUGAUCAUACGUGGAUGGGCCCCACAAACACUGAUACUGGACCACGCCGCCAUCGGAGCGUUCAUGACGCACUGCGGGUGGAACUCGCUGAUGGAAGGGAUCUGUGCCGGAGUUCCGAUGAUUACUUGGCCGUUGCACAGCGAGCAGUUUUUCAACGAGAAGCUUCUCGCGCAGGUGCAUGGGAUCGGGGUGGAGGUGGGAGCAGAUGAUUGGGUCCUAAAUAUAUACGUGGAGUAUGCCACCAAGAAUCUGGUAAAACGGGACCGCAUAGAGAGAGCUGUAAGGAAGUUAAUGGACGGUGGAGAUGAAGCGAUGGACAUAAGGAGGCGCGUUCGAGAGCUCACAGAGAAGGCUAAGGCAGCAAUCGGAGAAGGUGGGUCCUCACAAAGGAAACUGACGGCUCUGAUUGAAGAUCUUCAAAGGCUGAAAUCUAUGAGAACAAAGGGUGGGAUCGAUGACGCAAAAGAGGGAGAAUUUAAAAGAGAGAAGUAG